GCAGGUUAAUGUUAAGACCGAGCCUCGGUGCGCUUAAACAAAAGGUCACUUUACAGAAGAGGCCUUUGACGAAAUAACUCUUAUGUGUAAUGGAACUUAGUCAUGAUCAAAGGCUAGAUUCAACUCUACGUUCAUGGGCACAACAUUAAAAAAAAGUAACUAAUGCAAUUAUCACUUAUGAAUAUGCAGAAACCAAUUCAAUAUUGAUGAAUAUAUAAUGUAAAGAGGACCUUUACUUGGAAGGAAAUGUUUUUCCCGGAAGUGAUUGCCACGGCUUCAGGAAGAAGACGCUCUGCGUUGAUAUAGGCCAAAACCCAAUAAAACAUAUUUGCUGGUCAUGUCCUCGUGUUGUCUUGUCGAUUCAAAAGUGAAUGAGAUGGCGACGAAUCGGGCAAGGUGUGAACAACCACAGAAGCGAGGAACCAAAGACAAACCGAAUGGAUAUUUUGCAGGUUGGUUGUGAAACUUCACCAAGUGAACCAGCAUUAGCCUGUGUUUAUGGAAAAUGGAUUAACAAUUUUACCAACGAAGGAGAAGGGUUGUGUUGCUAAAGACUCUGUGGUCAGUGAGAGGAGGCAGAAAGAUCGGGAGGAGCGUCUCGCUCUGGUGUUGUGGAGGCGGCCUAUCAUCACACUACACUACUUCCUCCUGGAAACCUUCAUCACACUAAAGGAGUGGACAUUAAAGUUAUGGCGACGAAGGGGUGCAGUGUUCUUGUUCCUGGUGUUGUGUUCACUCUUCUCCCUUGCCUACUCCACUGAGGGAGCACACCAGAAGUAUGUGCAGUACCUGGAGAAGAGGAUCCUGUGGUGUGCCUACUGGGUAGGAUUGGGCAUCCUGUCCUCAGUAGGCCUUGGGACUGGCCUACAUACCUUCCUACUAUACCUGGGUCCACACAUAGCAUCAGUCACCCUGGCUGCGUACGAGUGUGGGUCUACAGACUUCCCCGAGCCCCCCUACCCAGACCAGAUCAUCUGCCCAGAGGCAGGAGGAAUGGAGGGCAGCAUCUCACUCUGGUCCAUCAUCUCAAAGGUCCGGAUGGAGGCCUGUAUGUGGGGUGCAGGCACAGCCAUUGGGGAGUUGCCGCCCUACUUCAUGGCUCGAGCGGCCAGGCUAUCUGGAGCAGACCCAGAUGACGAAGACUAUGAGGAGUUUGAGCAGAUGCUGGGGCAUGCAGAGACCGCUCAGGAUUUUGUUACUAGAGCAAAACUGGGCGUUCAGAACAUGGUGCAGAAAGUGGGAUUCUUUGGGAUUCUAGCCUGUGCCUCGAUCCCUAAUCCUCUGUUUGACCUUGCUGGUAUAACAUGUGGCCACUUCCUGGUACCAUUUUGGACCUUCUUUGGAGCGACUCUUAUUGGGAAAGCCAUCAUCAAGAUGCACAUACAAAAACUGUUUGUUAUCAUAACGUUCAGCAAGCACAUAGUGGAACAGAUGGUGUCUCUGAUCGGGUCUCUGCCGAGGGUAGGUCCCUCCAUACAGAAGCCCUUCAGUGAGUACCUGGAGGCCCAGAGGAGUAAACUCCACCACCACACCGGAGAAGGCACCCCGGCGAGUGAGAACUGGCUGUCGUGGGUCUUUGAGAAAGUGGUUCUGGUCAUGGUCUGUUACUUUAUCUUCUCUAUCAUCAACUCCAUGGCUCAGAGCUACGCUAAGCGACGACAACGGAGUCAGCAGCAGCGAUACUCUGAGGAGAAAACCAAGUGACGAGACUCACCAACAGACCGUGCUGAGUCCUUCAGCUCUGUUUCACAAACUAACCUCGCCCUCUUCCAUUCUUAAGAGGCUGAACUGGCACUAUUCUGUGUUUGCUUACAGAUGUAUGUGCUGUUUGUUCCUCUUAUGGUUUUGUAGUUUCCCCUCAUUUGUGUUUAGUGGGUGAUUUUAAUAAUAUAAUGAUAGGAUAUGAGCAGUGAAGCAGCAGUUGAUGUCAACUGUUUUGCUGGCAGCUAUACCAGCUUCGAUGCCUUAUGCAAGGUGGAGGGUCCUACUUCCAUUGAACACAGUUCUUAAUCACGACUUGAUUUGUACAUUUUUCACUGUAUGGAUGGACUAUGCUGAUAUGAUGCUAAGGAUGUUUUCAGGGUUACAUUUUUCUUGCGUUUUUGUCCUGUUGAUCAGAAUUAGGCCAUCUGUCAUUCGCGUUUCUUGGAUUUGUUUGAAAUUCAAGUUUGCAAUUGGAAAUAGCAAUAUCAAGUCGUCUCAACGUGUUAUUGAUAGUUUGCACAUCCUGGAAAUAUUUUUGGGGCGGUAUGUAUGCACAUGCAUUUAGAAUGAUCUGGACAAUCUAACUUGAACCAAAACAGAACUUACAUUACACUCAGCUAACUUGGUGUCAUUUUUAUUCUGUACAUUUACUGAGUGUUUGAUCAGAUUAUAUAAAAUGCCUAAAUCAUU